AACUCCUUUAUCCACUGCGUUAUACGGCUCUUUCAGUCUCUAUCUCCUAUCCUGAUGCUUUUGAUUCCGAAGACUGAAGCUGCUGAAUCACAGACUCUGUACGCGAAUUAUUCCUGCCUAAACCGCCCUGACGAGAGAAGGCCCAAAGCGCUCCACAACGGUAUAUGUACACCUCUUCUCACUACCAGGUAGGCAUGGACUCCAAUUCGAGGCUUCUAUUGGGUAGACAGCUUCAUUUCAGCGAAGCUCACCAGUAAGCUCUUCAUGUGAGAGUCGUUACUGCCCUUCGAUUUCUCCAUUUAUUCAGACCAAUCACAUGAGGCCUCCUCAACUACAACUUCCACCCUUUACAUCAGACACGAUCAGACUACGCCUGCAGGCACCUCGGAUACACCUGAACAUCAUGAAUUCGUCAGAUGAUAUCUUCGGAGUAUGUCUGUUCUUCGUCCACUCUUCUCUUAAUCCUUCCUGAUCGCGACCGAUGCACAACACCUUCUACAGAAGCCUACGGCUUGACUCAGUAUCGCAUCACUCGAGAACGCUUCAUCAACCGUGCAGAGUUCUCCUAUCCCCUUUAUUUGCACACCGUUGCUGCCUUUCUACUUCUCUGUCGUCUAAAAGAAGCAAGUUCCGCCAUUUCCACGGCCCAAGCCAUCUCCCAUCAUUCUCAACAAGAACCAUGACGUCCAGCGACGCAGUGAAACUGUCCAAGUUUCUCAAGGCUAUGGACUGGGUCUAUGGUCCUUUCCCGGCGCCCGACGACCCAAAUCUUGCCGAAUGGGUCCCGGCGCCUCUCGUAGAAGCGCAUCGAGGACGCUAUCUCUGGACGGAUGGCUUCGCUGUCGUCAACUUCCUGACCUUAUACAAACUCACGCAUGAGGAUCGCUACCUCACCUGCGCCAGAAACCUGGUAUUCACUGUCCACAAUGUCCUAGGCUACACUCGUGACGGCAAAGAGAGACUCCCUGGCGCCACGGAGGAGAAGCCUCUGGACGGCGGCCUUCGCAUUGGCAAACUUGAUGAAGCUGGCCCAGAUGGUGACGGCCAGUACUUCCAUUACCUGACCGUGUGGAUGCACGCUCUCAAUCGGAUGACAUCUGUGACUGGCAACAAAUGGUAUAACGACCAAGCAGUGUCGAUGGCCAAAGCUGUCCUAUUUCGCUUCAUGACAAACGUGUCCGCGAAACGCCCCAGGAUGUUUUGGAAACUCGCCAUGGACCUGUCAAGGCCUCUUGUUCACUCUGAGGGCAACCUCGACCCCAUCGACGGUUACGUCAUGUAUAAGCGCCUCCAGGAAACCAGUGACAAUCAUCAUGUUCUUGACGAGGAAAUUGCUGCUCUCAAGAAGAUAGUCGAUGACAAAGUGGAAGAUUACUCUUCUCUUGACCCACUCGACCUCGGAAUGACGCUGUGGACUGUACAUUGGCUGGUCCCGGAGCCGACCUGGCCUCUCAGUGGACAGUGGCCUGCAAAGCUGCAAUAUCGCGCUUACAACCACUUGUUAUACGCCGCCAAAAGAUUCGGCUUAUUUAACAAUCCGCACGAAAAGCGCCUGGCCUUCCGCGAGUUUGGGGCAGCACUGGGCCUUCGCACUGUAGUGCCACUGAUUGACAAGAUGGCCGAGGGUGCCUCUCCCACAGAUCGCGAGGAUCCGAAAACGAUUGAGAGCCUGAAUGCAAUGAAAGCAAUGCCGGAUCAAAUCUUGAAAGGCUGGGAGGACGCUGGCUUAGUGCCCGUGCCGACCAAGAAGGUGGAUAGACGCGAGGCUGAACUCUCGUCAAUCACUGCUGUCAUGUAUGCCACCGCUCUCAUUCCGGGCGUGAUGGUUCGCCAGCCAUAGUCCGCCAACAAUUCGAAGCAGAGAAACCAUCUUUGUACAAAAUGCCGCUCUCACCAAACUUUAAUCUUUCGACAAGCGCGACUUCAUCCUUGUAUCGACGCCGAUGGGACCUUUUGAUCCUACAUGGGAAGAGCCGAAUUUUGACUUUGUCCUGAUAGCCUCUUAGGCUUUUUGAUGUUUGCAUGAGAGAAGGAAGAAAUUGUAUUACUAGGUUUGAUAUCAUUCUUGACAGCAAUAAAGGGUACAUUUCUACA